CAGCCUCUGCGGUCAACACUUGCAGCUACAACAUCAAGAAAUGUAUCGUGGAAGCUCCUCUUACUCUUCUGGUGGCAGAGGUGCAACAAGGAGACAAUAUGAGUACGGGAGGACAUACGUAGUGAGGCCCAAGGGGAGACACCGAGCCACCAUUGUCUGGCUUCAUGGUUUAGGUGAUAAUGGAGCAAGCUCUUCUCAGCUCCUGGAAAAUCUUCCGCUGCCGAAUAUCAAGUGGAUAUGCCCUACAGCUCCUGUUCGGCCUGUUGCUGCAUUCGGUGGAUUUUCCUGCACAGCCUGGUUCAACGUUUGGGACAUCGCACAGGAUGGCCCUGAUGACACUGAGGGAAUUGAUGCUUCAGCAGUGCACAUCGCAAAUCUUUUGUCAUCUGAGCCACCUGAUGCAAAACUUGGCAUUGGCGGGUUCAGUAUGGGUGCCGCAACUGCUCUGUACUCUGCUACUUGCUUUGCAUAUGGAAGAUUUGGAAAUGGAGCUCUUUACCCCAUAAACCUCAGCUCCAUUGUAAGCCUUAGUGGUUGGCUUCCAUGUUCAAGGAGCUUGAAGAGUAAGAUGGAAAGCUCCCAAGAAGCCACAAGGAUAGCUGCCUUCUUGCCAAUUUUGAUCUGCCAUGGAAGAGGGGAUGGAGUAGUUCCCUACAAACAAGGUGAAAAAUCUGCAGAGAUGUUAAGGAUGUCUGGGUUUAGAAAUCUUACAUUUAAGGCAUACAAUGGAGUUGAACACUAUACAGUGCCUGAAGAGAUGGAUGCUGUCUGCAAGUGGCUUACUGCAAGGCUGCGGCUGGACGGCUCUCGUUAGCCUUUCAACGGCAUUCUCACUAAGAUUUUAUCAAGCCAGAAAUAAGGAUAUUCCAGUAUUUUAAGAACUAGUGAGGUAGUGAGAGUGAUGAGUUAUUGCGCAGUAUGAUGCUUGCUGUAGUGUUAUCUUUCUACUGAAUGAUGAGAGUUCUAUUGGUUGCGUAUAA